AUGUCUCGUCCAGGUGGACCCUCUGAGGUUUUGGAAGCAGAUGGAAAGGUCGAGUUCAUCUGUGACUUGAUGAGGACCGAGGUUGAAGCAAGGACAGGGAAGAAGUACGUCAUGUUCAAACCCGAGAUGUACAAGACGCAGCUUGUGGCCGGGACCAACUACUUCAUUAAGGUCUAUGUGGGAGGAGAUGAUCAUGUUCAUCUCAGCGUCUACCAAAAACUGCCAUGUAAUGGAGGAACCCUUGAGCUGACUGAGAUUCAGCAAGGCAAAAGCCACCACGACCCCAUUGAGAUGAAAAUGAAAAGGGAGUUUGGUGGUUUAGGUUUUUUUCCGUAG